AUAGAGAAGCAUUGGGAAUAUUUGCCUAUAGAGAAGCAUUGGGAAUAUUUGCCCAUAGAAACCCAAUGGAAAAUAUUUGCCCAUAGGGAAACAUUGAGAAUAUCUGUCCAUAGGGAAACAAAGGAGAAUGCUUGCCUAAAGCCUUCUAUAGUUUAAAUGUUGGAGGUGGGUGAGAGUUUGAUGGAGGGCGGAAACAGACUCCUAGUUUCGUGUGGGAAGAGCUUUCUUCCUUUCCUCCUUGUCAUGCGGUGCUGGAAAUCCCCCUUUUUGUGACGAUGUGUCAGAGGGCAACAAAACCAACCCAGGGAGCAGAACUUGAGUUGUGAGCACUGUAGGAGCGAUUGAAGAAGCCUGCCUGGUUUGGAACCCAAGACCCACGAGGAGGAGGCUCCAUGGUCACAGAGGAAGCCUUGGGAGCAGUCUGAACCAAAGACGAGCUGGGACUUCUGCUCUUGAAGCCCGUGCGCCAAGAAUCCGAUGUUGGGCUCGGCUUCCUGGCUGAAAACAGCAAGUCGUCCCAUGAGAACCACCAUUUCUAGCCAAAGGAAGGGGUCCAGUAGGAAUCAGCAUCUGUUCUUCCAGGUCUGGCAGCAGGAAAGAGCGCAGGAGGUGGAGGCCGUGGAGUCUGAAAAGAGGACUGAAAGGUGACAGUUAAGUUGAAGAUGGGUGGUGGAGAAAGGUUCAGCAUUGCACCUAACCAGCCCAGAAACGCUACCAAGAGCCAACAACAACUGAACAACAGGAAAAAGAGCAAAGACCAGAAUUCCCAGAUGAAGAAGAUCCACAAGAAAGAGCGGGGACACGGGUGCAGUCCGUCUUCUGUGGCGUGGCAGGCCAUGCAAAACGGGGGGAAGAACACAAUACAUUUCCCAACCAGCCAGACUUGGAAUCCAACUUUACCCCACUCACUCUUUAUACCUCAAACCAAUCAAAACUACGCCGGAGCAAAAUUCAGCGAGCCGCCGUCCCCAAGUGUUCUUCCUAAGCCGCCAAGCCACUGGGUGUCUGUUUCGCUUAAUCCCGCUGACAAAGAAAUCAUGACUUUUCAACUUAAGACCUUGCUUAAAGUUCAGGCUUGAGGUACUGUAUUAACUGUAUAUUGGAAAGAUGACACGCUUUGUUUUGUAUUUCACAGUAUGGGUCCAGUGUUAGUUUCUAAAAUGAAAGCAGAGCCACAUCUUAAUCGAAAUAGAUUGUGUGUUAGAUGGUUGAAUUAUGGACGAUGGGAAGAGCCCUCCCCAGUUCUCUAGGCAGUCAGAAUCGGCUGGACUGUGAUCUUCAGUGUGAACUCCUUUUGACCAUUUCAAUUUGCUUUGUUUUCAGACUGCUUCAUUUUUGCAUGCCUUUUUCAGGAGACUUGAAAUCAAUGCCAACCAACCAAAUUUCUUGCAAUUGCAGUGCAGUACAGUUGCAAAAUAUGUUUGGUUUGCCCACUAUACUGUGAAAUAGUGUAGGCGUUACAUUCAGAUUAGUAAUUUGCUUUCUUAUUAGAGCUUUUAGGUUUGUUUGUUUUUUAAAGUAAGACUCUUAAAAUUGUUUAAAUAUGUUACUUAGAUUAUAAUGUGUGUGUAUCUUUUGCUUUGCUAGAUAACCCAUGAUCUACUUAUCCAUCACUUGGGAUGGUUGUUUGGACAGGCAUCUCUCCAACCAAAGCCCUGUGACCAAAAUCUAAAAUACUUACAUUAGGAAAUUUCAGUCUGUAUAACACUUCUUCAAUAAGAAUAGAAACAUUGUCGUGCAGUUGAUCUCUAGGUUCAAGGUCUAGAUAUGUAUUAUAUUGAACAUAAGCAGCUUAUAUAUCUGUGCCAAUUUGAAUAAUCUUUGUAUUGCCAGGUGACUGCCAAAAGCAUCUAAGUGUUUUCCUUUCGGAGAAUAUCACAGAACUGUGUUUGAAACACAUUUUUGCGUUCUGCAUCAAUUGCUGAAGUAGAGUUGUUGAGGCCAGUCCGAAAUCGAAUAACGUGUAAUAUAAACUUGUUUAGAUAAAUGUAAAAUCGGCUUCUCUGGACGGAAGAAAGAGCCAUGUAAAUACAUGUAAAACUUGUAGCAUAUGUAAAUUUAUGCUGGGCUUUCCUGCCAAAAUGAACUAUUUUUAGUACAGAAUUGCUGAAUGUAAAAAGGCCAUGCUUAAGCGCAUGGCCUGAUGGGUUUUUAAAAAACAACAACAAUGUUCUUAAAAAAAAAAAAAUACGGAAAGCACAUGUCUGUGCCAUUGCACUUAAGAAUACCAGCAAAAGUAUGCGCCCAUUUAUGGCUUGGGUGGCAAGGUGGAUUUUAAAGUCAACUUGGUACAAAAAAGAUAAAGCAAACAUUUCUUUGAAGUGUUAAAAGGGUGCAAUAUGCUAGCAAAAGUCUAUGGAGCGGAACUGUAUUCCUUAAGCUUCACUUAAUAAUACCCUUAAAUGUGGGUUUUUUGGAGUACAGGAAAACUAACGUGUUUUGAACUGCAGCUAGUAAAUCAGUUGCUCUUAUUUUAGAUGUGUUGAGUAACUUCAAAAGCAUUAAGAAACCCCAGUGCCCCAAAUGCGAAGACUCCAUCUUGGGUUUUUUUGGUGCAGGCCUACUCUUCUGCGACUGUUGUUGGAGCUCAUAUUUAGGUUUGAAGUGUAACUUUAUCUUUGUAUUUUUCUUUGAGGUCACUUGACAUGUUUUUAGAAACUGUUUUUCAGUUUGGCCAUCUUCUUAACAUUGGUGACAAGAAGAAACAUCUCUAGCACACGGUGAAAUCUUCAUAGUGCCCAAGUAUUUCCAGUGGCCUGAGGAAACUAAAGUUAUUUUCAUAGUGAUUUACCAAAUGGCAGCACUAAAUAUGAUUUCCAACAGUAGUCAGUAUGGAGAGACUACUUUCAUUGAAAACCAAAGCCUUGGGGUACAUAUCUUUAGCUGCUUACUUACACAUUGGAAAUGUUUUUGCAACUAGAAACCAAAUAAAUUGGAUAUUUUGCUCAAAAUUGUUUUGUCCCUAUCUCCCCGAUUUUUCCUCAUACUUGAAAAUCAUUGCUAUAUCCCAAAUGUAAUGUUGGCGUUCUAAAUUUUGUAUGCUUGACAUCCUGCUUGGAUGUGAAUUGGAAACAAAAGUUUAAAUAAAAACCCCAUACCUUUUCUCCCCA